GAAAAACGAGAUCUGCGUCAAGCUCCUUAACAGCCAAGCAGAUCUCUCUAGUGGAUCUGGUGCUGCGUCCGCGACGUCCAAUUGUACAAGCUUGCUGUCCAGUAUUUUGCGCCGCUUCGAAACGGAGUUGAAGCACGGCGUAGAGCUGCAGCCCCCAGCUCCAAAGAAGAACAGACUCGACGGGUCUUCUAACCACGCGGAGGUGGACCACGUAGAGGAAGACAUCGAACCAAUCUUGCAAGGUGGCAUCGGGUCGGUUGUAGUCGGUUGUGAGCAUAACUUGCUUCAACAUAUGAAAACACGCAACUUGUUUCCCUCCCCCUCAUUAGCAUGGCCAUGGCGUGAGCAGCAUCACAGACGACAUAAGAAAUGAUCAAAAUGUACUUAGUGCCUACUGCGUACUGAAAAAUUGUCCUAGCAGGAACUUCAGUGCGGUUCGGGAUGCGGGAAACUGUCACACAAAGUGAAGAUGCGCGCACGCAGCAACAGCAUGUGGAAUUGUUCUGCUUUUGCAUGACAUCAGUCGAGUGGGACGAGGAGGAGUUGUGCACUCUCAUACAGCAGGAUAGUACGACGAAGAUGAACAAGCUGCAGGGCGGAGC